UCCGGGCGGAGCCUCGCGGUCCCCGGGCCCGUGCGCAAGAGCCUGGAGCGCCGGGCCCGAGCCCCCGCUUGCAGGCCCGGAGGUCGCGGCGCGCAAAGAUGGCCGCCCUGACGACCGUGGUGGUGGCGGCGGCGGCCACCGCGGUAGCCGGGGCUGUGGCGGGGGCGGGCGCGGCCGCGGGGGGCGGCGCGGGAGCAGCGCCGGGGCCGCAACAGAAUGAUGGUAGUUUUGGUACUGCUGGUGGAGUUCGUUCUUUUCAGCUGCAAAACCGGAAGCAGAAAGUUAAUCGGACUAAGAAAACUGAAUUCAUACGCACAGCAGAAAGAUUAAAAAAUCAAGUUAUUAACAUAGAAAAAGAUAAGCACAGUCAUUUCUACAACCAAAAAAGUGACUUCAGAAUUGAGCAUAGUAUGCUGGAAGAAUUGGAAAGUAAAUUGAUUAACAACAGGAGAACAGAAAGAGCAAGAAUUCAGCAACAACUGGCUAAAAUACAUAACAAUGUCAAGAAACUGCAGCACCAGCUAAGAGAUGUGAAGCCCACUCCGGACUUUGUUGAAAAGCUCAGAGAGAUGAUGGAAGAAAUUGAAAAUGCAAUUAAUACCUUUAAGGAAGAGCAGAGAUUAAUGUACGAAGAACUAAUAAAAGAAGAAAAAACAACUAACAAUGAGCUAAGUGCCAUCUCCAGAAAACUGGACGCCUGGGCUCUGGGUAACUUGGAAACGGAGAAGGCGCUGCGAGCCGUAUCUAGCCGGGCCCCGGGGGACAGAGCCGCGCCUAGCGCACUGCCGGAGGAAGUGGUGGAGUGCGAGAGGUUCCUCCAGCAGACGGGCGGGCGCCAGGGCGGCUGGGAGGAUUAUGAUCACCAGAGCUUCUUAAAAGCGAGGAGCAAGCAUAAAGGGAAGCCAGCUUUUAUCGAAGAAGUUCUAGAACAGCUUCCUGGAAAAACACGGGAUGAAGUUCAACACCAUGAGAAAUGGUAUCAGAAAUUUCUGGCCUUGGAAGAAAGAAAGAAAGAGUCUAUUCAGAAUUGGAAAGCCAAAAAGCAGCAAAAAAGGGAGGAAAUCUUCAAGUUAAAGGAAAAGGCAGAAAACAUGCCUUUUGGUAAUAAACAAGAAGAGAAUCAGAAGCAAAAAGAAGAACAAAGGAAAAAGAAGAAACUGGCCGUUGAAGCUUGGAAAAACCAGAAAAGUAUAGAAAUAGCAAUGAAAUCUGCUUCCCAGGUAAAAGAAGAGGAAGAGAAAGAGAAAAAGCAGCAAAAAGAGCGCCAACGCCAAUAUAAGCUGAAAUUACUACUGGAAAGCUAUGCCCAGCAGAAAAAGGAACAGGAAGAGUCUUUGAGACUCGAAAAGGAGCUGAGGGAAAAGAGAGAAAAGGCAGAAAAAAGAAAAACGGCUGCUGAUGAAAUUUCCAGGUUUCAGGAAAGAGAUUUACAUAAACUUGAAUUGAAAAUUCAAGAGAAACAGUCCAAGGAAGAUGAAAAGGCAGAAAAACUCAGAAGACUGGCAAAAUUAAAAGAAAAGGUGGAAAACAAUGUUAGCAGAGACCCUGCGAGGCUGUACAGACCUACCAAGGGCUGGGAAGAGCGAACCAGAAAGAUGGGACCGACCGGCUGCGGGCCGCUGCUCCAGAUCCCCCACAGGGCAAUUCCAGCGUGGAGACAAGGACUGUAGGGACGAUUCCGAGAGAAUGAAAUGGUUACCGGUGAUGCGAAUGACAGCAUAUUCGCCUGUGCAGAUGACAGUGAUGAACCAUGUUCUUUGGAAGACCUAGUCGGCCUGGUUUCUGUGUUGUAUGUGAAUUGACUGAGUUCCAGCAGCAUUGCCAUGCGUGUUUCCUGUUCUUAGACGGUAUUUGAUGUGUUUGCUGGACUCAUUGAUAUAAAUGGUAUUUUUCUUUUUGAUAGUUUAUGUUACAUUUCAUUUCAAUACUCUGAACAUUUCAAAGAUGUUUUGUUUCUGUGGUGGCCUAGCAAAAUUAAUUGGGGCAAUCAUAGGGUGACUUUUUGUUUUGUUUUUUUUCUGCUUUUUUGGGUCACACCCGGCGAUGCACAGGGGUUCCUCCUGGCUCAUGCACUCAGGAAUUACUCCUGUUGGUGCUCGAGGGACCGUAUGGGAUGCUGGGAAUUGAACCCGGGUUGGCCAACUGCAAAGCAGACGCCCCACCCGCUGUGCUAUCACUCCAGCCCCAGGGUGACAAUUUUUAAGCCAAAAUUUUAUAAUAUUUAUAACUUGGAGAAAAAUUAGCUUGAGUAAUAAUAAUGUGAAGUUUUUUUUUAACUUAAAAAAGUACUUUUUCUAAGUUUGACAGAUUUGUUGUUUGUGAAUUACUACAUUUUUGUGUAAUAAAUAUUUUGUAUUUGUUUGAAGCAUGCUUUGUUUUAUAUGGAGAAUAUUUUAAAAAGAUGCCUCACCUCAUUUAUACUGUAAGCUUUGUAUUACUGGUAACAACUUUUUGGUUUCUCUUAGCUAUUCCAAAUUUUUCCGGCCCUUUCUGAACUUUACAUAUUUAUAAAAUCUUUGUGUCUUUCAUGUC